AAACUAUACACUCGCACAAUUUCUCGCCCCAUAUAUCCCCUGUAAUAUCUCCUGCAUUUUUUUUCCAGUUAUAGUGCCGUGUUCAACUCCAACAACACCCAUAAGAAAAUCACCAUGGCUACAUGUUUCCGAGUACCAAUAUCCAUCCCUACUUCCAUGCCCGCUUCACCUUCUCACUCUCCUUCUUCUCGUUUCCCUCCAACAAGGUUGAGAACUCUCAGAACCCUUAACGCAUUUGGCAAAUCCAAAAUUCCCAUGCCCCCUUUCAACCCUAAUGACCCUUUUCUCUCCAAACUCGCUUCUGUCGCCGCUUCUUCCCCCGAAACACUCCUCAAUCCUUCCUCUAAUCCCGAUAAUCUUCCUUUAUUAGACAUUUUCGAUUCCCCUCAACUCAUGGCCUCUCCUGCUCAUCUUGAGAGGUCUGCUAAAUACGGCCAACGGCGCCGCAGAAGGCCACCGCCCGACCUGCCAUCAGUGCUGCUUGAUGGUCGAAUUGUUUAUAUUGGCAUGCCUUUGGUGCCGGCUGUCACUGAGCUUGUUAUCGCACAGCUUAUGUACCUGCAGUGGAAGCAGCCUAAAGAACCAAUAUAUGUUUACAUAAACUCCACCGGGACUACACGAGCGGAUGGAGAAACGGUGGCAAUGGAGUCAGAAGGUUUUGCCAUUUAUGAUUCAAUGAUGCAGAUGAAAACCGAGAUAAACACUCUAGCUCUUGGUGUUGCUGUAGGUCAAGCAUGUUUACUACUUGCAGCCGGGACUCCUGGCAAACGCUACAUGAUGCCCCAUGCAAAAGCCGUGAUUCAGCAGCCUCGUGUUCCACCAAUUGGGUUGAGACCUGCAACCGAUGUUCUUAUUCAUGCAAAGGAGGUGAUAGUAAACAGGGACACUCUAGUUAAACUACUGGCCAGACAUACGGGAAACUCUGUGGAGAGAGUUGCUAAAGUGAUGAGGCGACCAUAUUACAUGGACCCAUUAGUGGCAAAGGAAUUUGGGGUCAUUGACAAAAUUCUUUGGCGUGGCCAGGAGAAGAUUAUGAGCGACGUUUCUUCUCACGCAGAAUUGGAAAAGGGUGCUAUUGAUGCUAUAAUUGAAAAUAGGUUUUAGUUCCUCUUUUGGACACAUAUCUUGCUCAUGUUACAGAUGUUCCGGGGCCCUAAUACCAUGUGUAGGAGAUUUCUGUUUUUCUUAUACUUUUUCAACAUUUUAAAAACUAUCCCGGGCUCCUAGGGAUGUUCGACACCUGUUCACCGAAAAGUGAAAUCUGUAGUUAUUAAAAAAGUUGUAGUGCACAGAAGGCAUGACUGAUCAAACAAGAAAACAACAAAGUGAUCAUUCAUCUAUGUGGUCAUAUAGUGUAUGGUUUGCUUAUGAUCAUAUUCUUGAUGUCUUUCA